AUGCUCUUAAAUCCCGAGUUGAAGCCCAGCAGAUUGUUGAUUCCUGUGACCCAGUCGCCUCUGGUGCGUGCAACACACCAGAUUCCAGAUUUGACGUUUUCUGUGGACGGUACUUUCUUCAAGGAGAGCGAGCUGGGCAAGUUCCAAGAUGGGUCUAAUAUGGAGCCUGCUUCCGAGACAACGUGGAUUUCGUCGCCAGCACGAAGCUUGAGUUGUGGGAUUCCGUCGAUCGACAGCUUGGCGGAACAUUCGUGUCCGGCCAGGUCCUUGCUUCUCACAACCACCUUAAUGUGCGAAAUCGAUGGGAGGAUAAGAGGUCUGAAGGAGAGUGAUCUUGGACAGACGGGAGUCAAUAGAAUACAGGGCACAAUCGGGUGA